AUGAGUGAACCUUCUAGUAAGCUUCCAAGGGCUAACCUGGAGGAAAAAAUAAUGAUAAUAAAUCAUUUUCAUAGUAGCAAACGUCCACAGAGCGAGACUGUAGAAUAUUUUAAGGAAAAGUUUGCUAUUUCUACCUCUUCACUGAGUGAGUGGCUAAAAAAGGAAACAGAACUUAGAGAAAGAUACGAUCAGAGUCAGAAAGUGAAUUCCUUGAAUGGGGUGCAUCUGCGUCAUGCAAAGCGCAAGGUCAAGUUUAAGUAUGAAAAGAUCAAUGCGGCUAUGGAUCAGUUAGUUGAAACAAGACUGUCCACUAACCAACCUAUAAACGAGACAGUGCUGAGGAAAUACUGGAUUCAAUAUGCAAAAGCAUUCGGUGUGGACAACCCAAAGCGAUUGAAUGGAUUUAGUCAUGGGUGGCUGUGUCAUUUCAAAAAGAGACACGGAUUAGAUCGUAAAUCGCUGCAAUAUUUGAAACACAGAGAAUCUCCUGGAUCAGGGGAUUCCGUAAAUGCCUCAGGUACCAAUGAAUCAAACUCUAUGGUAUCUCAAGGCCAUAUAGGAAACUCAUCUGUUAGAACUGGUGCUGUGGGUGGGAGUGCAGGGCUAGAUCAAGAAAGGCUAUUCAUACAUGGAGUUUCACAUGGAGAAGACAGAUUCUCUUUACCACAGUUCCUGACUUCUUCAAGUACAGCAGCUGGUGUCACUGGUUCAUCAAGUUUUCCUUAUUUACCACUGGAUAACAAUACUACUUCAUCAAGCAAUGCCGGUACUGCAGCAACAGUAUCUGGGGCUACAGUUUCGUCUGGGCCAGUCAAUAACAAUACUUCCUUACCUAACUCUAACUCAUCGUUAUACGGAACUGUGCAUACUCCCGGGCUAAACUUUAUGACCUCGCAGCCUCCUUCCCAACAAUCACAACAAACUCAACAACCAUCUCAGAAUACUUCCCAAGGACACCAGCAGCCACAACUUCAACAACAACAUAGUUCACAACAACAUCAACAACCAUACCAAUCUUCUGACCCGAGUUAUAUGAAUAUUUCGGUGUCUGAUAUGGAGCGGUUUAUUUUCAUGUAUGCAGAUAAAUUUUUCAUUGAAAACUGUGGUACCUUUCCAAAGACAAAGGAAUUCUUUGAACAGUUCAAGACCAAAUUUUUGGAGGAGCGUAUCAUGCUGUCUCAGAGGAAUUUAAAUUCUUCUGUUGACGAGUUUUUCUUAACGAACGGGUCCAAACAGUCUAGCUAUAUGUUCAAUAGGGUUAACCGUUAA